AUGGAAUCCAUUCCACGUCCCACAAGUUGUUCCAAUAUAGACCACCUUAAGGAUGAACCGCAAGGAUACAUGUACACUCCCUUCACACAUUCUGAUGAGAUUCGACUCCUUGUCCUUGCUCCAGACGAUGGGUCAGAAGUCAUCUUGUGUUCUCUGCGACAUGUUCGUCUCUCUGAGAAUCCUCGAUACGAAGGGUUAUCAUAUGUUUGGGGAGAAUCAUCGAAGCCGAAAGCAGUAUUGUGCGAUGGGCGAAUCAUGCGCGUCACGGAGAGUCUAUAUUCGGCGCUUAGAUGUCUACGAUAUAAAGACAGGGAUCGAGUGCUUUGGGCAGAUGCAAUAUGUAUAAACCAGAAGCGGGAUAUGGAGAAGAACCAUCAAGUGGCACUUAUGGCAAAGGUUUACUCGCAGACUGUCUUCACUAAUAUAUGGCUUGGUGAAGACAAGAACGGUGGUGGAAGAAAAGCCUUUAAGUACAUUAGGGAGCUCAUAGAUGCUCUGAAGGAUCACUCUUAUGACGUGGAGAAGAUGCGACAACGCUUGAUAUCCAUGGGCUAUACCACAGAAACAGACUUUGACACCUGGAUAUCAACCUUCUUGUCGAAUCAGAUUGUGAUGCCAAUCCUUCGAAACCAAUGGUUCAACAGACUUUGGUGUCUUCAAGAGGCGGUACUUAGCCCAAGGCGUGUUCUGAACUUUGGAGCCGCCUUCAUAGACUGUAACACGGUGCUAGACUUUAUCUUGGAAUACGGAUAUCCCCUAAUCAUGUCCACAUCACCUGAAGGUUCUAAUAUACCUCCGACUCAAAAGCUCUUCAACAUGGCCAGAUACACAUUGGAAACCAAACGAGACAUCCUAGCACUAUCGAGAGAAACUUCACCGUUAACAGGAUAUGGAUGUAGUGAUCCACGGGAUCAGAUAUACGCGCUUUUAGGCAUGGCGGACUGUCCUGGGUUUGAAGCAGACUACACUUUGAAUACCGACGAAGCGUCCACUCGUUUUGCGUCUUGGACUACUGCGUCCGAUCAAUCAUUUGGGUUAAAAGUACUUCAAUUAGCACGCGGUAGCUCAAAAUGUGGAUGUAAGGUACCAACAUGGUCGCCGUGUCAUGAUAUGGACCGACCACCAGUGUCUCUUACAGCAUGUCCAAGUUUUAAUGCUAGUGGAUAUAUAAGUGGCUCAUUCAGGAAUGCGAUCAUUCAAAAAGAGCUGGUAUUGGAACUCAAAGGCUUCAUUUUCGACAGUGUCGGGGAACCUGCACUUGACUCCAUGUUUCUGGAUGGACAUGAUGAAGACUGGUCGGCUAGAAUUGAUAAGCUUAUGGAUUUUGUAGGGCUACCGGUCAAGUCUCUCGAGAACAAAAAGUAUAGAAGAUUUUGUGCGGCAUUGACGUUUGGGCUACACAAUGUAGUGCCUGGCAGUUGUGAUCCGAACGGCUUGAAUUUCUCGGAUGGUGGCCACUACGGACUGGACGGGCGCCAAUUGAGACUCACUCACCAAAUGAUUUUAGAUGGUAGCCAUGAAAGUUUGGAUGCUGAUAUAUCUAUACUAUGGGGAUUCCGCUGCUUAUCUAUCACGGCUUCUGGCAAAUUCUCAUGGGUACCGUGGAGAUCCGAGAAAGAGGAUAAGAUGGUUUUUAUAUGUGGAUCGCGAAUCCCGCAUGUGGUACGUCAGCAGCAUUGCGGUGCAUAUAAAUAUGUCGGCGAAUGUUGGAUGGAGGGUUAUAUGCAUGGAGAGAUCCUCGAAACUCCUAAUUUUGAGUGGCAAGAUUUACGACUUCUCUAG